CCUCCCACCUGUAUCUUCCAUGUGGAGAGGCGGAGUCUGUCAGUUGGAAUAAGCGCAAACGCGCAUCACUAUGAACCUGAUAAAAACCCGCUCGGAGAUCGGUGUGACGUUUUAAAUAUUAGGGUUUUGACUUCAGUCGCAGCCGGCUGGAGGUAACUCGCCUCAUUAGCGCUGCGCCCUCCUGGAGCGCUUCCCGGGUGCACGUUUGCGCAUCAGACGAACAGGCAGAGUUUGGAAAAUAAGAGAAGUGGAAGGCAGCAGAUCAGGACUGGAUCGUUACGCGCCCGAUGAUGACGAUUGAUUCCGUGGCUAUUCAUCGUUAGGGAGAGUGGACAGUGACCUUCAAUCCGCGGAACCACCGACGCUCUGGCUCUUUGGCCGUGCGUCACGGUGCGUUCACGGAAUCCAUCCUCUCAGCUCCUUGUCAAACAUCUGAAGAGUUAAGGACCGAGGAGCAACACGGACGCACGUGGGUUCCGGCAAACUGCGAAGGCGAUUUCUGGGUGCUGGCAUUCAUUCCGCUGCGCACAUUUUGGGGGGCAAAAUCCGUGAAGGUGCAGAAUACAAACUGGACAGGAAUAUCAUAUUUUGGGUGGCCGGGAUAUUGACCCUCACUGGAGUUAAAGAGACUGCCAUUUGGACAAAGUGGACCCCUAAUUUAUGAAGGAUUAAUAGGGUUUUAGAGUGCGCAUUCUUCGUGGAUGUCUGAAAAGACACUUGCGUUGCCAUGACGAGCGAAGAGGAGGAGGGCCCUGGUGUAGCAGCGUCGUCAUCGAUCACGCAGUCCACCGUCGACAGAGUGACCGUCGUGAGAAGGGACAGCGAUGACAUCAUCACCUGCUCCUCCCCCUGUCGGCUCCCCACGCACACGGAGGAAAAGAAGGAGAAAAGAGGCGUGGAAAGGAUAAGUGAGGAGCACAGGCUGGAGAGUGGGGAGGAGGACGACAUUGUGGAGUGCGAGGAAGAUGAUGAUGAUGAUGAUGAUGAUCAUGACGGCAGCAGCAACACCAGUGUCUUCAUUGUCCCGUACCCAGAGCUCAUUCCUGUGGUCUUCUUCUGCCUGAAGCAGACCACCUUCCCCCGGAGCUGGUGCAUCCGCAUGGUCUCCAGUCCGUGGUUUGAGCGCGUGAGCAUGAUGGUGAUCUUGUUGAACUGCGUGACCCUGGGAAUGUACCAGCCGUGUCAGAACAUCGACUGCAGCUCAGACCGAUGCCAAAUUCUGCAGGCUUUUGAUGCUUUCAUUUACAUCUUCUUCGCCUUGGAAAUGGUCAUCAAGAUGGUGGCGCUGGGAAUCUUCGGCCGCCGCUGUUACCUCGGGGACACGUGGAAUCGCCUUGACUUCUUCAUCGUCAUGGCAGGAAUGGUGGAAUACUCACUGGACCUUCAGAACCUCAACUUCACAGCCAUCAGGACGGUGAGGGUCCUGCGACCUCUAAAAGCAAUCAACCGGGUCCCAAGUAUGAGGAUACUUGUAAACCUGCUGCUGGACACGCUGCCGAUGCUGGGAAAUGUCCUUCUCCUGUGUUUCUUCGUCUUCUUCAUCUUUGGCAUCAUCGGCGUGCAGUUGUGGGCGGGCCUUCUACGAAACCGCUGCUACCCAGAGGAGAACUUCACGCUAACAUCAGGGAUCAGCUUGCCCCGGCCCUACUACAUGGCCGACGAGGAUGACGAGAGGCCGUUCAUCUGCUCCCUGCCCGUCGACAACGGCAUCAUGUCGUGCGCCGACGUCCCGGCGCGACGUGAAGGAGGACGGACGUGCUGCCUGGACAAAGACGACGCCCUGUACCGCCAGUCACUGGGUCUGAGUCCGGAGCCCCUGGCCAACGGUAGCUUCAGCGUGGCAGGACUGUGCGUGAACUGGAAUCAGUAUUAUACCAGGUGUCACACGGGAUACCGAAACCCUCAUAAGGGGGCCAUCAACUUCGACAACAUUGCCUACGCAUGGAUUGUCAUAUUCCAGGUCAUCACACUGGAGGGUUGGGUGGAGAUCAUGUACUACGUGAUGGACGCUCAUUCUUUCUACAACUUCAUCUACUUCAUCCUGCUAAUUAUCGUGGGUUCCUUCUUCAUGAUUAAUCUCUGCCUGGUCGUCAUCGCCACUCAGUUUUCCGAGACCAAGCAGCGGGAGCAUCAGCUGAUGCAAGAACAGCGAGCGCAGCGCUCAUCCUCCUCCACUCUGGCUAGCGAACCGGGAGACUGCUACGAAGAGCUGUUCCAGCUGGUGUGCCACUUUAUCCGGAAGGCCAAGAGACAGACUGCUAAUUUCUUUAACGCCCUCCGGGGGAAGCCACGUGGUUUCCGCGGCGUCGGGAGAGGCCGAAGAGGCGACAACAGAGAGAGACGGACCAAUGGAAGAGGGGGAGCACCUGAGCGGAGGGCCGUACUGAAACACGGCCCACCAUGUCCUCACCAUAACAGACCCGACCAUGCCGAGCCAAUAACACUCACCGCCACCUCUGCCACUGAGGGCUGCCCCCAGUGCGCGGCCGCUGUGUCCCUCGCAGACGGGGCGCUACAUGUCCGUGUUGCCACCGACAAAGCAGAGGAAGGUGCUCUGGAAGAAGGCGACAAAGAGCAUGUCAAAGACGCCGGUAAAGAGAAGGAGAGGAGGGGGCAGGAGGACGCCGAGACCCAGGAACGACCCAAGCGCAACUGCAGGAUGAUGUGUUACCAAAUGAGGCUAAAGCUGUGGGGUAUUGUGGAGAGCAAGUACUUCAACCGAGGAAUCAUGAUUGCCAUCCUGAUAAAUACCAUCAGCAUGGGUAUUGAGCAUCAUGAGCAGCCAGAGGAACUCACUAAUGUUCUGGAGAUCUGCAACAUCGUCUUCACCAGCAUGUUUUCCCUGGAGAUGAUUCUGAAAAUCACUGCAUUCGGCUCCUUUAACUACCUGAGGAACCCCUACAACGUCUUUGAUGGAGUCAUCGUCAUUAUAAGUGUGUGUGAGAUCGUGGGCCAGUCUGAUGGAGGGCUGUCGGUUCUGAGAACCUUCCGGCUGCUGAGGGUCCUGAAGCUCGUGAGGUUUAUGCCGGCGCUUCGGCGACAGUUGGUGGUCCUCAUGAAGACCAUGGACAACGUGGCAACUUUCUGCAUGCUGCUCAUGCUCUUCAUCUUCAUCUUCAGCAUCCUGGGAAUGCACAUCUUCGGGUGCAAGUUCAGUCUGAAGACAGACACGGGAGAUACAGUGCCAGACAGGAAGAACUUUGACUCUCUCCUUUGGGCAAUCGUCACGGUUUUCCAGAUUCUGACCCAGGAGGACUGGAACGUGGUUCUGUACAACGGCAUGGCGGCCACCUCCCCACUCGCUGCGCUGUACUUCGUGGCCCUCAUGACCUUUGGAAACUACGUGCUCUUCAACCUGCUGGUGGCCAUUUUGGUCGAAGGGUUUCAGGCUGAGGGCGAUGCCAACCGAUCCUAUUCAGAUGACGAUCAGUCCUCCUCCAACUUCGACGAGAGCGAGAAACACGAUUCCAUCAAACUGUCUGACCCCCGGAUUUGUACCCUGACUCCGAAUGGUCACCUCGAACUGGGCCUCUCUGGAUCCAGGGCGUCCUACUCUUCAGACAAGCGCAGCUUCACAGUGGAGUCACAGAAAAGCAGCAUGAUGAGCUUGGGCAAGAGCAGCCUGGAGAGACGCUCCCUGUCACUGCGCCGUUACCGCACUUCCAACUAUCACAACUGGGGGCGUCCUUUUCAUCCGCAGUCUGUGUGGAGUCGCAGGUCCAGUUCCUACAGUUUGGGCCGGAGGAGCUACGGUUUUGGCGGCGCUCCGCUGGUGGGAGGCAGCCUCCGUGUUCACAGCACUGCCUCCCCGUACGCCUGCACCUAUACUGCCGAGCAAGAGACCCUCCUUUCCCACAAGCCUCACCCCCUCCACCCUCUCCCCCCUCAUCACCCACCGCCGGCCGCACGCUUCCUCUCCAGGCAAUAUGGCGCGCGGAGGGAUCGAAGGGCUCUUUCACUGGAUCUCCCUGAACUUUUUCAAGCUGGUGGGCAGCUGCAGCAAAACAGCCAAAACACGGAGCGGUGGACCGGAUCGGGGGCCGGCGGAUCGAUCAACGGCGGUUCUAUUCAUGGCAGUGGCUUCGGGGUGGACCACAGAGAUUGCAACGGCAAGGCUCCUGGUCCUCACAUCCAGCUGAUGAAAGAGGUCUACCCACAAGUCAAUGCCCGCAAGGACAGAGCAGAUCUGGACGAGGAGACCGAUUAUAGCCUGUGCUUCCGUGUCCAGAAGAUGUUUGAGGUGUACAAACCUGACUGGUGUGAGUCCAGGGAAGAGUGGUCUGUCUACUUGUUCUCACCUCAAAACAGGUUCCGACUCCUCUGUCAGUCCAUUAUCGCUCACAAGCUUUUCGACUACGUCGUCCUGGCUUUCAUCUUCCUCAACUGCAUCACAGUGGCACUAGAGAGACCCAAAAUCCUUCAAGGCAGCCUGGAGAGGCUGUUUCUCACCAUUUCUAACUACAUCUUCACAGCCAUCUUUGUCGCAGAGAUGACUGUCAAGGUGGUGUCCAUGGGUUUGUAUUUGGGAGAAACAGCCUAUCUAAGGAGCAGCUGGAACAUCCUGGAUGGUUUCCUGGUUUUUGUGUCUCUCAUUGACAUUGUGGUGUCCAUGGCGGGCGGAGCCAAGAUCCUGGGGGUGCUGAGAGUUCUGAGAUUGCUCCGGACGCUUCGACCGCUGAGGGUAAUCAGCAGAGCUCCGGGGUUGAAGUUGGUCGUGGAGACGCUCAUCACGUCUCUCAAGCCCAUCGGUAACAUCGUCCUCAUCUGCUGCGCCUUCUUCAUCAUCUUCGGGAUCCUUGGCGUCCAGCUGUUCAAAGGCAAGUUCUACUACUGUGUGGGCUUCGACGUGAAGAACAUCACCAACAAGUCCGACUGUCUGGCGGCCCACUACCGAUGGGUUCAUCACAAGUACAACUUUGACAACCUGGGUCAGGCGCUCAUGUCGCUGUUCGUGCUGGCCUCCAAGGACGGCUGGGUGAACAUCAUGUACCACGGCCUGGACGCGGUGGGAAUCGACCAGCAGCCGGUGACCAACAACAACCCCUGGAUGCUGCUCUACUUCAUCUCCUUCCUGCUGAUCGUCAGCUUCUUCGUUCUCAACAUGUUCGUGGGCGUGGUGGUGGAGAACUUCCACAAGUGUCGGCAGCACCAGGAGGUGGAGGAGGCCAGGCGGCGGGAGGAGAAGCGCCAGCGCCGCAUGGAGAAGAAGAGGCGGAAGGCUCAGAAAAUGCCUUACUACGCGUCCUACGGCCCGGCGCGCCUGGCCAUCCACGCUCUGUGCACCAGCCACUACCUGGACCUGGUCAUCACCUUCAUCAUCUGCAUCAACGUCAUCACCAUGUCUCUGGAGCACUACAGUCAGCCGCAGUCUCUGGAGACGGCUCUCAAGUACUGCAACUACUUCUUCACCUCCACCUUCGUGAUCGAAGCCUCUUUGAAGCUGGUGGCUUUCGGCUUCCGGCGGUUCUUCAAGGACAGGUGGAACCAGUUGGACCUGGCGAUCGUGCUGCUGUCAGUGAUGGGCAUCACGCUGGAGGAGAUCGAGAUCAAUGCCUCCCUCCCCAUCAACCCCACCAUCAUCAGGAUCAUGAGAGUGCUCAGGAUCGCCCGAGUGCUGAAGUUGCUGAAAAUGGCGACGGGAAUGCGCGCGCUGCUGGACACGGUGGUUCAAGCUUUGCCUCAGGUGGGAAACCUGGGGCUGCUCUUCAUGCUGCUCUUCUUCAUCUACGCCGCUCUCGGGGUCGAACUUUUCGGAGAGCUGGUCUGCAACGCCGACUUUCCCUGCGAGGGAAUGAGCCGUCACGCUACGUUUGAAAACUUUGGAAUGGCCUUCCUCACCCUUUUCCAGGUUUCCACUGGAGACAACUGGAAUGGAAUCAUGAAGGACACCCUUCGAGAGUGUCCGCCGGGCCGACACGGCAGCGACUACGGCUGCCACGCUGGACUCCAGUUCAUCUCCCCCAUGUACUUUGUCUCCUUCGUGCUGACCGCCCAGUUUGUGCUCAUCAACGUGGUGGUGGCGGUUCUCAUGAAGCAUCUGGACGAUUCCAACAAGGAGGCGCAGGAGGACGCCGAGAUGGACGCGGAGAUCGAAAUGGAGCUGGCUCAGGGAGGCCUCUGCUGCAUGAUGGGCGGCAUCGGGAGCAUCGCCGGAGCUACCGCCGGUGCUGCCAGCGGCGCCAGCAUCGGCAUCGGAGCUGCUGCGGCGGGGGCCAUCGGGGGUUCAAGUGGUGGGGUGAUGGCGCUGCAAAAAGAGGCCGGCGGCGGCGGUGGUGUGGCGGCGGCGGAGGAGCAAGCUCAUCACAGAUGUCGACUCUAUUCUCCCGCUCAGGAGAGCCAGUGGCUGGACAGUGUGUCGCUUCUGAUAAAAGACUCCCUGGAGGGCGACAUGAUUGACAACCUCUCCGGUUCAGUUUUCCAUCACUACUCUUCUCCUCCUGUCUGCAAGGACUGUAAGGGGCAUCCUCAAGAAAAGAUCCGACUCGCCGAGGUGGAGCAGGCAUCACUGAUGUCCGAGCAGCUGUCCGACAAGUCGUUGUCUCCGGAGCUUCCGGAUGACCUCAGUCUGGAUGAUCGCAGCAGCUACCAACUGUUGGUGAGAGGCAGUCAGACGGGCAGCAGUGACUCCCAGAGUUUGGAGGAGCUGCCCACCCAGAGGGCCAUUCAUCUCUCCGCUGAUGAAGGUGAGGAGGAUGCUCAGGAGCUGAUGGAGGUGCAGCCUCAGAAGGAGUCUCCUUCGAUGGAGCGGCAAAACCCAGCGCAAUGCAAAGACGGCGAGGCCUCAAGUUGCAGCGGCGUUGGACGGCUUCACCUUCACCCCACAGUCACUGCCCUCCAACAGACUGGUGCUGGGGCUGGAGUAAGAGAGCCCUCCAGACAGACCAGUCCAACGUCCUGGACUUCUCUCUGCUUAUCUGAAGCCAACAGCAGACUCUGUCAGCAGCCCUCUGCGAGCGACUCGUCUUUGGCCUCCUCCGAUGGAAGCGUGCGGACCACCAUGGAAGAGGGCUUGAGCAUCUCCCCUACUUGUGACCUCAACUCCCCGUUGCCUCCUCUGGUUAAGCAACGCAGCGCUACAUUCGACCUCCGAGCCAGGAGAGGGCACCAGAGAAGCCACAGCAGCUGCGGUGCCAGUCCUGGCUGCCCUCGGCGGCACCCCGCCGAUGCUUCUGCGGACAACGCCGUCACAGGAACCGUGGCCGACGGCUGUUGUCACGCCUUACACAGUGAACAUUUCAACAGCCUCUCUCUGACGUCGCUGCUGUCGCCUGCCUCCCCUCCGCCGAUCAAGAAGUGCAACAGCACAGGCUCUUUAGGCCACACAAAAGCAUCAGCCAGGAAUAAUGAGCUUCGAGGAGUAGAUGCUAAAGUUUGCUUGUCUAAUCCUCGGCGAGUGGGUGGCGGAGAGAGGGACAAUGGCGUUACAGGAUUAAGCACAAAAAACGGCAGCCAGUCCAAAGACCCAAGCUACAAGAGAAACAGAUGAAACGCUUUGCUGCUUUGACUCGCCGAAACUCCUCAUUCGGGGCUAAAUAGAAGACACUGUUUAAAAGGUCUCUCAGCCAUUCACUGGGGAUUGGCUGCUUGAGACGCAUCUCGUGGGACGGCCGCCGUCUCACUUGUCCCGACGUCCAUGGUCGAUCUGAUGAGGAGAUGUUUCGUGGAUACGAAUGAAAGGUUGAGCCUUUUAGCAUCGUGGGAACUCGGCUUCAGAUGAUGUAGCUUCCUCGGGUGGUGAAUUCGAGCCAUUUUGAAACACAGAAGAGCCAUGACAGGGACGGGACGAAGAUCAGACUUGAACCACGCUGAAGGAAAUUUUCAAGAAAUAGCCCCCGCUCCCCCCCCGCCAUUAACUUCAUGCAACUCUGUUCUGGGGAAUGAUCGGAUUGGACUCUGUACAGCGCUUUUUUUUUUCGCAACUGAAAGUAGCAUUAAUCCUCUUGCACUUUCGUUUGAGUGGAUUCUGAUGUGAAACUGAAAAGAGUCCUAUUUUGUGAUGCAGUCUGAAUGUAGAAGCCUUUGUCUGCUGUGAAAGUGUGAGGGCCUCAGAGCUGGACAAGUCUGGAAAAAAGGGCCUCCUUAAAUAGAGUAAUGGACUUGUGGCUGCGGCUGCUGAGAGAAUAUGUGUCGUGGAAACACUCCCUACUUUCUUCAGUGGCCUCCAUUUUUGUUCCUUAAGAUUUUGGUAAAUAUAGAAAUGACAGCAGACCUGGGUCAAACAAGCCAUUUACCUGAGACUUUUGACUCCUGUGUAGCUCGUCACCUGUCAGUUUAGCCUCCAGAUUGGAGACCAGGUUUUCCUGCUGCUUUUUUUUGAGGGGAUUGUUCUCUGUGAAGUCACCGUUCAUGGCUCCUUGAUGCCCUUCACAUGCCCCUCCUGCAGAUCUUUCUCGAUCUUUCCUGGAGCGAAGAGGAAUUUCUUCUCACCCGCGAUUUCAUCUAUGACCUCACUCUCAUCUUCCUGACCUCGGGCACGGUCGGAUAGACACACCUGAGGUGCCUUUUCUUUUCCUUUCCAAGUGCUUCAAAUCCUUGAGAAAAUGAGACGUGUUUCCUCAGCUCGGUCUGUCAUGCUCUGAUGUCUCUUCCAUGGAGCAGAUUGAAUGGCGAUGACCCUCUAAAGCAUCAUGACUCUUUUGCAGCAGCUAAAGGAGACGUGUUGUUCCUAGUUUUCUUCAACGUCUCUAAACUUAUUUAUUCUGGCUGAUAAAAAGCUUUAAUUUGCCUCCCAGUUAGCAGCUGGUGCACUUAUUCUGUGACCUUCUUGCCCUUUGAAUUCCUCUGACGAAAGAAGGAAAACAUCUCUCUGAGAAACUUUCUUGCCCUCGCGGUUAGUAUUCCACAUGAAUACAAGCGGAUCUCAGGAGCAUGGAAGUGGCCCACCAGAUCCAAUACUGCCUCGAUCGCCCUCCCUGGUCAGACCCUUCAUUGUAUUCAGGAACCACUUGCUGGUAUCUCCAGCCACCAGGUGCCUCUGUCUCCAACAUUCUUUCUUGCAGUUGAACGUAAACCAUCUUGCCUCCCUAACAUGGUCUCCAGUCCUCACCACGUGAGAUGUACUGAGGAAUUAUCGAGGAGAUGUUUCUUCUCACUCCCAAUGAGGACCUGCAUCUCUGACACUUCUCACUCAACGUCUUGUCUUCGUGUCAGAGCUACUGUCUCGACACCAAACAUCAUGGCGGCGUCUCACUUCUCUCCGAGACAGGGGACGUCACUGCUGGGUACACGGUACCAGAGGACACCUUUUCACCAGUCAGGUGUCUCAGGAGUGUGUCAGUCUGGUGCUGCUUGUUUCAGCUGACGGCUCAUUGGUGGAGUUGUGAGUGCUUGAUGGGUCGAAACAAAAACAAAAAAACGGCCCCACCCCGGCCCUCUGAGGACCGGUUUGCCCACCCCCAAAGGAUGUUGACGUAUCAGCCUCAAUUGCAUCAAAUCUUUCCCUUCCAGUUGGUUUGGAUGGAUGUGGGCGGGGCCAUCGUAGGCUGUCAUGACUACUUGUGCUGGUACUUUGACUAUGUAUGACCUUCUGGUGCGAAUGGUGAAGCUCAUGAUCUUAUGAGGUCCUCUACCUUACCUUACAGUGGGCCGCCGCAUGGCACCCAAAAGUCCACUGGUUACUAGUCGAUAUAUGACGCCUAGACGUGUGAGAAUGACCAGGAAACGCCCCCUAAACCUGAACCCUUGUACAAAGUAAAUCCUCCCCUUGUGACCCAACUACAUCACGUUUUAGUUUUAAAGUUUUAAAGGAUUAUUCCAGCGGCGUUUGCCCGACCCAAGAACCCCAGCGUUAGCAAGCUAUUUGGCUCAGGUCUGCUGAUUUGUAGCAAGAUGUUUAGAAGACGAUACAAAAGGAGGAGUUCCAAAUAUGUGUCUUGGUUGUGAGAAACUCUGCACCAACCCUUCAUGUCUAAAUCCCAGUCACGAGAAGCUGGAGCUCAGGUGGACUCUCUCACACACACACACACACACACACACCCAUGACAAGACACUUGCUGAGUGUCCAACACUGUUGAGUGUUUCUGUAGCUGAUAGGGAGAGGAAACUCAUCCUUAUCGUCUCCUCCGUUUUCCUCCCUCCUGACUGCUGCCACUCCCGUUCGAAAUAUGCAAUAUGCCAUAGAAAAUCUAGCGUGUGAGACUCGGUGGAUCGGCAAUAUGGUGUGAGAAGAUUAUAUUUAUACACUCAUGUAUUAGAGUAAGAAUUCUCAGAGAUGGGAAGGUCACGGAGAGGAGGGCGAUGUUACAACACAUGCCAGAGUGUGUUUCCCCGUCUUCAUUUCGUGGUUCAUUUCUUUGCCCUUCUCUCGUCGCCCUGAAUGGCAUGUGAAGUUUUGUUUCCUUAAAUGUCACUCUGGUGUCAUAUAAAUAGGAGAUUGCCUUUGAAACGCUGCUCGCUCCUGAUGUUCUUUCUUCUGCUUAUGUCUAAUGUCUCAUUCUUUUAAAGGUGGCUGUGGGCUGGUCCCAGCCUGGAAAGUCACGGUCACGUUCCAGACAGAUGGACGACCUCCAAAGGUUGCUCCAGGGUGACGGCACGAUGGCGGCUUCUUUCUGAAGGUUCCUACCUGAAACCAAUGCACUUUCAAAGCGGAGGGUUUUCGGACAUAUACGUGACCGAGACUGAGGUUUGAUCUGGGAUUUGUCUUGAUGUUUAGAAGUGAGGUGGAGCCACCAAGGCAGAAUAUGUGUGCGUAAGUGCGAGCGAGGCAGGAGGACCGGUGGAGAUGGUAGAAGCAGAUGGGGUCAGGGUUCAGGCACACAUGGUGAUGGACAGAGGUCAGAACAGAAGGAGACGACGGUCAGCGGGACAGAAGAGCAGCAGCAGCUGAAGUGAAAGGGAAGUGCUGGAAGAGCGCAGUGAGAGCUGCUGUGUGGGCAGAAUGUGGGAGAAAUUACUUCUGAUGGGAAUGUAAUAAGAUCCCCGGGAAAUGUUGACAAUGGGUGGAGGAACCGUUCGAGAUUCCCAUCUAGAUGUUAUUUCCACCUGAGGUCCCCAUUGAGCUCAGUCGAAUAUAUGAUACCUAUGAUAUUUCAAUUGAAAAUUUGCAUUUGGUCCUGGUGGAUCAAAUAUCACAUGUAGAUCAGCUGACAGUCCAUUAGACAUCCUGUUAAUAUGUCGCGUAGCAGUGGUCCUGCGCUUAGCCUUUUACUCCCAGGUGACUGAGCUUCCCGCCACUUUCCUCAGGUGGAGUCCAGACACCUGGAGUCAUAGCGACUCUAUGGAUUCUGUUCAUUCAGUCAGUAGCCACAGAUCACUGGUGAGAAUAGGAACUUAAACUUGAACCGGGAGCUUCAUCUUCUUCUCCCAAGAGCCUGAAGACGCCACCCGUCAAGCUCGUACUCCAUCACCCCGUCGAGACACGGCGACACCUGCACCAGAUUCCACCUUCGAAUGGCUUACCAAAUGUAUUUUGGAAUCGGUGGUGGUUGAAAGAGCUUGAUAUGGAGGUUCCUCCCCUGCAGCGGUGAUAUUUCUAGCAGCCAAGAAGGCAGUUUUAAGGUGUGCAUUCUACACACUCUCCUACUCAAAAUAUUUGACUAUUAAUUCAGUAAAUAAGUAAAAAUGAGCCACAAUGAAUGGAACAAAUGUCCUGUCUGACUUCAUACAGGAACGAUACAUAAUGACACACCCAACUGAGUUCUGCCUCUGUUGUAAUACAUGUAUUAUAUUCUAGAAUUCAAACUCUUUUGAGGGAACAAACAUGUGAAACGUAUGCCCCUAAAGCGAUUUACUGAACUUAACUUUUUUUUUUUAAUACCUCCAUGAAAGGAACGUGAGCUAGCAUCACUUCAUGAGACAAACGUGAACGUGCACAUACUUUCCCACCGGCGCUCGCUGUUCUUCAUUAGUCGGCCGUGUCAACUCUCGCUCACCCGCCGCUCGGCCGAUGCCCAACUGUCACUAGAUCCUAAUUGCAAACAAGGAACUGUUCAGUCAGAUUUUAGCGGCAAUGAAGGUCGCAGACUUGGGGAACUAACUGCUCCCAGUCAAAUGAUAAAUGUCACUUGAUGUUCUACUCUGCUAUGGUAAAUAUUCCUGGCACGGAACGGUAAUGGAGCUGUAAUAACUGCUGAGGCACUUCUCAUUCGGUGGACGCUUUGUCCUCGGAUCGAAUAUGAUCCGUUGUUUUUGAGACAAAAACACUUUUAUUUCCAUUGAAUUCAACAAUUUUUCUGUCAUCAGUUGGAGAUUUAUCAACUUCCGAUACUAUUACACACUGUGGUAAUACUGAUAUAACAUCAAGAUUCCAUUUAAAAAAAAUUUUUUUUUUCUUAUGCUACUUUUAGAUCCACCAUUUGUACUUUUGGUAUCGAGGACCGUCUCGCUCAUGACCACUGGGAGGUGCUGGUCUUUGGACC